CAGGCUCAAUCGCAUCCAGCGUGGAGCACUCGGAUCAUUUUUUCACCCACUGUCGAUGUCACAUACAGUUCGCGUCGUGAUUUUCCGUUUUUGAUUUUCCCGUGUCGUGUGCGCGUGACCAGUUUGAGAGCAAUCUCCGGUCUGUAUUGUGGCUCAUCAAAUUACCUUCAUCACGUGUGUAGGUUAAAAUAAGCAAAGAAAUACAAAAUAGCUCAUCGUGACAUUAAAAAUGACUUCCAAAAACGACCAAAUUCCAAUGUCGAGCGGCAGUCUCACUAAACCGCCCCUCCUAACGGCUGGUUCCAAAAGCGUGGAUGACCAGAAGAUCCUUCACGACAGUAGCAGUAAGGCUUCACUGUCGGCCGUAAAGUGGCACUCGGCGCCGGCGACAGAACRUGAAGAUGGAAGACCGUCGUCACCGUCUGCAUACAAGUCGACAUCAGCAGCGAUCGAAGUAUCAGCGGCUGGUGGCAAUGGUGGCGUUGGUUGGAGACCACUUCAGAGGCAAAAAGUKGUAACCGCAGCAUCGACACUUGAAGAGGACGAGGACGGACGUCUAACGGUGGGUGCGGCUUCAGCUGAUGGUGACCGGUCACCGCGAAAACGGUCGGCAGUGGUGCGUCGUGGUUACAGUUGCCAGGAACCAUGCGCUGCCCGCAGGCCAAUGACGAUGAACAACUGUGGUUGCGUGGCCGUAGGUGGUAUAGGCGGUACCAUCACGGUAGCCGGAGAGAAUAGGAGACGCUGGCUGUCAGCGGAUACGGGUGGCAAUGGCUACGCGGUGGCCGGCACAAGUCGGUCGAUGGAGUGCCUGCCGUCCCCCCAACCACCGUCCACGCCGCACCACCAGCACCGAACUAGCUUCAUAAUGGCCGCGGACGACCGCAAAUCUCUUGAUAGCGGCCUGGAUGACGUGGCGGCCACGGCUGCUGUCGCUGAGAUGGCUGACCGCCGGCGUGGCAUGUUUGCGUCCACCCGGACGUCUGUGCCGUCACACCUGUCACUUGCUUUGCCGUCAUGCGAGCGCCGUUUGACCAUCCUGUCACCACACACGCAUACACCGACCACUCCCGCGGCCUUCUACUCGACGUCGGCGUCCACCGAGACCGCUUGGCACUUUUGCACGUCAUCCACGGCGGCUGCCAUGUCGUCGUCCACGUCGUUCGCGUCUCACUCAACAGGGGCCGCAUCUUCCACUUUCACCUCUGCAACCGCCUCCAACUCCGCGACCACAUGCAGGUCUCGCAAGAAGUUACGUCCCGGCAUGGUGUUACCUCGUCUCGUGCUACCAGGAAGUUCCGACUUGGACAUUUUCUCACAUUUUGAUGUGGAAAAUGGAGCUGGCACAAGUCCUGGUAGAUCACCACUGGACGGUGGAGGCACAUCUCCGUCAGCUGGUCUGGUGCUUCAAAACUUGCCACAGCGUCGGGAGUCGUUCUUGUACAGGUCUGACUCUGAUUUCGAAGUAUCACCAAAGUCCAUGUCCAGGAACUCGUCCAUUGCCAGUGAAAGAUUGAAAGAGACUGAAGCAAUUUUGGAAAGAUCAACGUAA